GCUUGUGGCCUGUGUAGCCAAGCCUUGCUUGCUGUCCUCGCCUUGCUUCGCAUGCUGCCAUGGCCGAUCUGGGCGAAAUCUGGGAGCAAGCGAAGCGCUUCCAAGACCGGCGAGUGGUGGAACUCGCCUCGCAAGCCAUUCGCAGGCGUUCGGAGAUCGAGUCGCUCGUCGGUGCCGCGGAAGCUUUGCGGCUGCUCGUGGCAGCGAAGCUGGCCUUGCUGGAGGAUGCCAUUGAGGUGGCGCGUGCAGGCCUCCACUCCUCCGCACUGCGCACAGACGCCCGCGCGGAUGCGCUGCGGCUGCUGGCGCUGGCAGAGGCAGUGAGAGGAAGUUCGGGUGCAGAGAGGCAAUACUCAGAGGCCAUUGCAGCAGCAGAGAAAGCCUUCCUGUUCUUCAUGGACCAUGGCGAUGAACGACAUCAGGUGGACGCCUCGGUGGCCCUGAGCCAUCUCCAUUUGCUGCGCGGCGAGUCGGGUGAUUUGCACCUGGCGACCCAAGCGGCGGAGCGCGCGGUCGCGAGCGCCGGGGCGUGGCGAGUGGAGAACGGACGGCAACGAGGUCAGGCGCUGCUGGCUCGAGCACAUGCCGCCCACGCGACCGCUCAGGGCGACCGGCGCGGCGCGCACGCGCACGAGGACGAGCUCGCGCUGCGAUGGGCCGAUGAAGCGCUGGAGCUGGCGCAAGAACUGGGCGAUGCACCACUGGAAGUGGAGGUGAGAUCUUCCAUGGCUCAGUGGUCUGCCAGGCGCUCAGACGCCGCGGCCACGCUGCUACAGGCCAAGGAGGCUCUCGAUCUUCUCCAAGAGUUGGGUGCCUCGAGCCAUCGGCAGAUCGCCUUGACGCGCCUCGCGGCCGACGCAGCGGUACAGCUGAAGGAUCCACAGCAAGGCGUACGGCUUUGCCAACAGCUGGUGAGGCUCUGCCGCGUGGAGAAGGCCGAGGUGCCGGGCGUCUUCGCGGCGCUGCAGCUGCUGCGGACGCUGGUGGCGGCUCAGCGCUGGGAGGAGGCGAAGACCACCGGCCACGAGAUCCUGAGCUUUUGCCAGCAGAAAGAGGACUUGCUAUGUGAAGCGCAGGUCUUGCGCUUGCUGCUGGAAGCCUAUCGGAAGAGCUCGGCAUCAGAGAUGUUGUCAACCUGGCAACGCUCCCUGGAGUUGGUGCCCCUGGUGCCACAAGUGAGCACGGCAGUGGAGCUCCUGACCGAGGUCCUUCAGGCCUCCGCUCCACUGAAAAGGCCCUUAGAGGCGCUGCCCUGCGCGAUGCAGCUGCAGGCGCUGGCACCCAUGGAGGUCAAGGCGCCGUUGCUGAUGGCCAUGGGAUCUGCUCUCUUCGAAGGCGGCGCAUUGGAGGAAUGCUGUCGCGUCGCUCAAGAUUCGGCGCGCUUGGCAGAGGAGCUGGGAGAUGAGGGACUCAGUGCCCGCGCGCUGGCGCUGGUCGCCAAUGCCCAGGUGAAGCUGGGCAAGUUUAGCGCGGCCAGGCAGAACGCGCGGAGAGCGCGGAGGCGCUUCGGGGAAAUCGGCGAUCACGAAGAGGAUGUGCGGAUGCGACUUCUAGUGGCCAAGGCCUGCUUGUGUCAGGACGAACGGGGCCGCAAGCAGCCGAAAGACGCCGUGCGGGAAGCCCAAGAAGCAGCGAAGCUGGCCAAAGAGCUAGAUGAGAAGAACUCGGAGCUGGUGGUUUCAAGCCUGGUCACGUUGGUCGAAGUCCUUUCGGAGGCGCAAGAGUGGGAAAAGUGCCAGAAUGCAUCUAUCGAGCUGUUGCGUCAAUACCCUGAAAAGGAGGCCUUUGCACUGUUUCAUGCAGCAAAGGCCCAACAGAAACUCGGACAGGCACACCUGGCCAAGACCUACCUGGAGCGUGUCUCCGAGCUGGCAGCACGGGAUGUGGCAUCGCGGAGUCUUCUGGAAGAGGCUCAGGAGAUGUUGGCGGCCUUGGGAGAGAUUUCAUCUAGGCCCCAACAGGAUGAGAACGCCUACCCAGGCAGAUGCCUUCACUGUGGUGCAGCCUCCUGUUCCUGCGCCAAGCAGCAACGUGGUGGGCACAAUGGCGAUGGGAUGCUGCGGCCGGGGCCGGCAAUGCGUAAGGGCUUCUUGACGUCCACCAUGCUGAGGGAGGAGGAUGAGCACCUGAAACAACGCAUUCAGGAGCUGGCGAACAUCUUGCUGGCUUUGCCCUCCCCGGAGGACGUUUCCCUGGAAGUUCCUCUUAGCGAGCUGGGCCUCACGAGUGGCGCGGCGGUUUUGCUCCGGGAUGAGCUCCAGCGUGAGGUGAAACACAUCAGGCUGCCGCCCACCUUGUUCCUGGAUCAUCCCACGAUCCGCGCGGUCCUGGGAUACAUCACUGGACAAGUGCGAUGAGUUUUCUUCGAUCGGUCGUGAAGAUCGAUCGAUUGGUGGGAGGAUGCGCGUCCACGCCCGUUCUUUUUUGGGCGGAAUCGAUGCGCGUCCAGAGGCUGCUUGCCACAAGUUUAACCCACACACCCUGGCGACCAUUUUGCAGCAAUAGCUUGUUGCGAGCAGUGCGCUAGAAGUCUCAGCUUGUUUGAAAGAAAAA